GGAGUUCCGAGGGGGCAACCAGUCAGAGGAGGAAGCUCCCCAGCCACAGGACUGACAGAGACCACCUAACACAUGGGGACACAAAAGAAGGCAGGGGCAGGCCCUCUGUCAAGGCUCUUCUAAGAACAGCCCAUAAUGGGAUACACAAGUUUGGGGACCCCAAGGGCAGGGCAGUGAGAGAACUGGCUCAGGCAGUGGUCUCCUGGUCCACGAGAAGAUUUUCCUGGGCAGUGUCUGGGGGCGGGGACAGAUAUUUAGGGGCUCUUAGCUCCCCUACCACAGGGCAAAAUGGGAUUGAUGAAUUGGGGAAGGGGGACAGAAGUCUCUGGUAUAAGGGAGCUUUAGGAUUUUAUUCUAUUUUAUUUUAUUUUUUUAAUGUUUAUUUUUGAGAGAGAGCGAGAGGGGGAGGGCCAGAGAGAGGGGGAGACCGAGAAACCCAGGCAGGCUCUGCAAAGUCAGUGCAGAGCCCAAGGUGGGGCUCGAACUCACAAGCUGAACCUGUGAGAUCAUGACCUGAGCUGAAAACAGGAGUUGGACGCUUGACCCACUGAGCCACCCAGGCACCCUGGGAGCUUUAGGAUUUUAGCAACAAGACUCCCAGAGUCAAUUUGACCCAGAGGCAGAGGGACGGACAUCAUUGGUGCCUCAUUCUGUCUUUUAGACAGUAGUGAUGAGACCCCCAGGAGACCACGUCUGCAGCUGAAAUUUGCCCUUGCAGGUCACGCCCUGAAUGGAAGACUCGUAGACAAGUCGGGAUUAGUCGGGGCCCUUUCCGAGGGUCGCAUAUCUUCCCAUGGGGGAGGGAAAGGGAGCUGACGGUGAGAAGCUGGCACUGGCAUUGCUCAGCCAGUUCUUUUCUUGUAAAUGUCCUGCCUCGCACAGCUUCACCCCUUGGUGGAGAAGCUGUAUCCCUAGGAAGGAGCAUCUAACGCCUGACCUGGCUACAGUCCUCACAGGCUGCAGGCUGCUACCCCAAGGAUGCAGAUGAAUCCAUAUCCUCACAAGCACCAAUUAGGCAGAGUCACCUUGUCGCGGUCAACUCACCAAGUCUCUUGGAAUCCUGACUUAACGGGAUUGUGCCAGUCAGAAAGAGAAGCUUGUGAGUUCAUUCAGGAAUUUCUAGAAGAAGGACAACCGUCAGAGUCGGAAAAACUGAAGUUCCUGAGGGCUGUGGAAACCUUGAGCGCCACCGUUCAGGCCCAGGCAGACGGCAAUAUGAAUGAUUACUUUCCCAAAACCAUUCUGGCCAAGAAAAUUGAGGUAUUAAUCCUCGAAGAAUCCACCGAGGUCUUGGUCAGCAGUGUGCAUCAGCGAGCCAUGCUCUGCAUCGUGGCCCUGAGGUUCCUUCCUUGCUGUUACCUCUUCUGAGCCCCUGGGCCUUUGAUGCUGUGAACAUUUGGGUUGGGAGGAAGGGCAAGGUUUGGGGACUUGAGUUUUGCGCUGUGGGUGGCAGGGCCCCAUGAUGGCUGCCUCAUCUACCAGCAUCCUGGGGUGGUGGACAUACCCCCAGUUUCACUAUCAGAAGCCUAUUAGGACAUCCAGUGUAGGGAAGGCUCCCCAAGAGGCCAGGACCUCUUUUCCUGGCAAGUAGGUCAUUGGAAGGUGUUUGGGAGCCCAGGUCCUUACUGUUUGCUGUGCCUCAGAAGGGAGGGCAGAGAAGGUUCUGCCCCAGGGUCCUAGAAACAUAUCCCACCCUGCCACUGAUAUCCUCCAAAGCUCUCUUGUCAUUCCUCCCCUCUCACCCCAGCCAGGUGAAUCCACCAUUCUACUUAUCCCAGAAACUGGAUCUGGUGAAUGCUGGCCUCUCUAGCAUAUUCUCUCUGCCGCUCAUCAUGCCUAGUCUAGACAGAAAAGAGAGUGCUAGUCUCUACCUCCAGACGGUCCAGGCCUUAGAUGACAUGUUACAAGCUCUUGUAAUGGAAGAUAUGGACCCCGACAUGUCUCUGCUGCAGAACUUCCUGGAGAUCAUCUUGCCUUGGCUAACACUGUCAGAGAAAGUGCAUCAACAGAUCCGGGCCUUGGGCACCAUUUCCCGGAUGCUGAGAUUUAUUUGCAAUUUCCCUAGACUGUCGCACAUGAUGGAGUUCUCGAUGACUGGGAAGAUGAUGGGCAUUUUAGGUCUCUCCUGCAUGAACGCCAACCAUGAGAUCAGCGUAGAGGCAUCGGAGGCAUUGCAUUACUUUUUCAAAAUCCUUGUGCUUCAUAGAAGUAUGAAACAGAAGACAGAGAUCAUCCUGAAGGAUUUGCAGAAGAAUUUCCGCGGAGGAUGGUUUGCCAACAUACAGAAUCUCGCAAUGUUCUUCAGGAAAUACCUGACCCCCGAAGAGAGAGCAGAUGUGAUAAUGGUGCCAAUGGAGGCCAUGACCAAUGCCAGCAGGCAUGAUGUCUGUGCAGCUUCCAAGAUGUUAAAGAUGAUCCUGAAGCACCCUAUGCCAGAGAUUGGGAAGGUGCCAGAAAUCAUCCAGUACAUUUACCACAAUAUGAACAGAAUUACUGAAACCACAGCCCAAGAGACCAUAAAGAAGAUCCUCUACCUGCUGGCUCAGACCUACACGGAAGAGGUUAUCCUGACACUAUUCAACAUGGAAGACGGGUCACAGAGAGGGGUUUGCAAGCCCUGGGAAAUCCUGGCAUCGUUCCCCAAAGGCUAUGAAGUCAUCAUGGAAUUUCUGCUGCAGAAGCUGACUCCAUACCAGAAAUCAAAGGGCCAGGAGCCCAGCCACAGUACAGAGAUCUCUCCGUUGAUUGUAUGGAGGGGUCCCCAGAGGGGGCUGGGGGCUGGGGGGGGGGGGCAUCCCAGUGCCCUGUCCCAGGCUGUCCUGAGCUCUUGGAGCCUCUCCCUUUUACAUAUCCAUGUUUGGUUGAACAUUUUAAUGGCAGAGUCUUGGGGGUGCUUGGAGGGAGGGUUUUCUAGUUGCCUCUGCCUUGUAGGGAGACAGAAAAACUAGCUUCUCGUUCUCCCCCAGUGAGCUUAGGUAAG